UUAAAAAAAUAUCCGCUAUGAGACUUUUCCACUUUUCUAUUAAAAUAUGUAUUUUAUUUUUACUAAAAGGAUCAAAAAUUUUUUCAAAAAAAAAAAACAAAUCAUUACAAAUUUCAAUUAAAAUGAUCAGUUACACGUUAAUUUAACAAAGAAAGAUAUAAGAAAGAUUAGAAAGAUUUAACUUUCACAACACUAAUUAAUCCGAAUUCCAAUAAAAAAAAAGAUAACUACGUCGUUUAAAUCAGUUUAAAAUAGUAGAUAUCUCAUUAAUCAUAAACCAUUUCAGAUAAAACGUUGAAUACCGAUCGGACCAUAAAAGAUUAACGUAAUCGGAUCUCUCUGACGUUCGCUUCGCUUAAUACCGCUUACACAAUUUCCAUCGAUCCGGUAAGCCAAGUGGUAAAAAAAAAAAAAAAAAAAAAUGCCCAAGAAACGGUCAAUCGCGAACAGUAACUUCCAUAAACCCUGCGUAACGAUCGACUAACUGAAACGUCUCUGUAACAGGCGUGAGAUAACGCGGUCGAUCGAGAAACGAUAUCGUCGUAAGAACCCUGGUCAACGUGUAAAAAGCGAAACACUUUCGAGAGAGGGGCGGGGGAGUCAAUGUUAUGUCAUUCGAUUGUGCUCAGAUCGAUACGAUCUCGGCACACCACUGAAUCGUCGUUUCGUUCCAGUGAUCGUGGAAAGCGUGAAAUCGUUCGUGCCGCACGUUUCGCGAUUUGUUCGACUUAUCGAUCGAGUUAUGCUGAGAAUUAAAGAAAUUGAAAGAAUAUUUAAUUCUUUGUUAAUGAUAUGGAAGGAAAGAAAAUAAUUGGGAAAUCUUGUCGAGUAACUUUUUUAUAGAUUUGAGAAUAAAUUAAAUGUGCGUGUGUAUAUGGUUUUGAAGGGAAUGUCCGAAAAAGACGAAGUUGAAAGGAUUUUAAUUCUAAUUAUUAAUGGAAUAAAAAGAAAAACUGGGAAAUUCUAUUGAAUAACUUUUUUUUUUAUAAUUGGAGGUUAUCGUUAGCAACGUGGAUUUGGAAAGGAAUUCCUCUGGCGUGGUUUUGGUUGCGAAAAUUCGUCGGGAUUUCUGGGAAUUUGCACGUAUUAAAAUUCGUGGUGAACUGGGUCGCUUAUUACAGUUAAUGGCCAAUUUUAAUUACACAUUGAUGCUUUGUUCGUGGUAUAAUUGUUAAAAGUGUCGAGUAGAAUAUUUACGAGCGUGUAAUCAAUCUACGAUUAUUUUAUUAAUUGUGGAAUAUAUUUAAAUUGAUAUAUUAAUUGCAUUUGAUUAUUAAUUUACGAUACUUUACUUCUAAUUACGAUUUGUAAUUCGUUUAAAAAGUGAUUAAUAAAACAAGACAUUUAGAUCGAUUUCGAUUUUGAGUUUGUGUAAAAAGAAAUAUAAAUUAUUUUUCAAAUAACUAAAUUUUGCAUUAGCCUUUAUGAUCAAAACAUAUUAAAAUAUAUAAUAAUUUCAAUUUUCUCUUAAAUUAUACAGGAGGAUUAAUAUUUUAACACGUAACAAAUUUUUUUAAAGAUUAUUGGAGAAAAAGAUUGAACGCUCUUUUUUCGAAUUUCUGUAAUACAUUGAACAUGACAUUAAUUUAUAACGUAUUUUUGACAACCAUUUAACUAAGAUUCAAUUAACAUUCAGCUCUAAAAGCUUGCUUCCACUUCGAAUUAUGUAGCAACCACGCGACAUCAAUCAAAAAUGUUAAAAUGGAUCGUUUCAUCUCUUCAAUUCCUACUCAAAAAGCUUGAAAUUAAUUCCAUUAAUAAACUCUCGAGAAUUCGCCGCACCUGUGUCUCCUUUUUCCAAUGGAAAUGCAUCGAUUUUUCGAAGCAGCCGUACCAAAAUCUAUUAUCUCAUAGAAGACUUGGAAAUCGUUGCGAAAUCCCUUCGAUCUCCGGCAUCUGCCGCCGAUAUCCCUUCUGCGGAAGAAAAUUCGCAACAGAGCCGAGUGGGAGGAGAUGGAUAAAGCAGCCUCUGCCCAAGUUUACCAACAAACGACAUCGAUAUCGAUAUCGAGAGUAUCGGAACCAUGAGGCGUGGGCCGGUCGUCGCGUUGCUUCUUCUCGUCUGUUGCGGUUCGCUCGAGGCUCGAGGUCGCGACGACACCGGCUUCGUGAAUGUUGAAUCGAUGCGUCGAGAUGUCCGCGAAAUGGCGUUCCAGGAUUUACUCGGCGAGGGAAGCUCGCCGGAAGAACAACAAGUUCCUAAAAAGCGCAUGAGAAAUGCUUCCGGCAAAUCAGACGAGGGAGGAUACUACAAGACGUACGGUAGCGACGCCGAGGGCGAGAAGGGUUACGAGAAGGCAACCUAUAGCAAGGGCAAUCAUGGCUAUAAGACCCUCGACACCUUCCACAAGCAGGACGGCGACAAGUACGCAUUCGAGAAGCAUGUUGCCUACGGCAAAGCGCAUGCUGACAAGAAAAGUAGCCACGACGAGGCAGCCUCUCGUUCCUGGAAAGCGGGUGAUCACGAGGGUGCAGGCACUAUCGUUGAUACUCAUUAUGCAAUCGAUGAGGGUGAUCACGAGGCCGAAGCCAACGAUCACAGCGGUUAUACUCGCGAAGAUGGCGCUCACUAUACGGAUCAUGAACCAGAAUCUUCGAGUUACGGACACAGUGAAAGCUACACGGACGGAGACGGUGAGCAUGGUUCUUACGAAAGCCACAGCUCCUACUCGAAAAGCUCUGGUGAUGAAUACGGAAACGAUGGAAGCCAUUACUACUAAUCCUUUGCCAAAUGGUUGGUUAAAUCUAUCUAUCUAGUUAUCUGAUCUUCUAAUACGGAUAAAAAUUGGAUAUAAAAAUAUCCAAUUUGAAAACUUAAAAUAGUAUUAAUGAAUUAUAUUUUUAUAAUUUAAGAAUUUGAAUGAUAUGCAAUGAACUGUUUUAUAAUUUAAAAGUUUGAUAAAAAGGAAAUAUUCUUUUCUUUACAAUAAUAUUUCAUAGAAAUGGCCAGAUCUUUUCAAUAAAUUUCUAAAAUUUCAUUUAUUUUAGAAAUUAUAUCUUCUUAAAGUGCAUAAAAAUUGACUUUCU